CCGGGCAUGUAGCAGGGGCGACAGCGGCGCGGCCGCGGCGGAAUAUGGGCGCGAACCACUCCCACAAGCCCCCAGUGUUUGACGAGAAUGAGGAAGUCAACUUUGACCAUUUUCAGAUUCUGCGGGCCAUUGGCAAAGGGAGUUUCGGAAAGGUCUGCAUCGUGCAGAAGCGAGACACAAAGAAAAUGUACGCAAUGAAGUACAUGAACAAGCAAAAGUGCAUCGAGAGGGACGAGGUCCGGAACGUCUUCCGGGAACUCCAGAUCAUGCAGGGCCUGGACCAUCCUUUCUUGGUCAACCUGUGGUACUCGUUCCAGGAUGAGGAGGACAUGUUCAUGGUGGUGGACCUGCUACUGGGCGGCGAUCUGCGCUACCACCUGCAGCAGAACGUCCACUUCACGGAGGGCGCUGUCAAACUUUACAUCUGCGAGCUGGCCCUGGCGCUGGAGUACCUGCAGAGAUACCACAUCAUCCACAGAGACAUCAAGCCAGACAACAUCCUGCUGGAUGAACACGGACAUGUUCACAUUACGGACUUCAACAUAGCAACCGUUGUGAAAGGUGCAGAAAAGGCAUCCUCCAUGGCUGGGACCAAGCCCUACAUGGCUCCAGAGGUGUUCCAGGUGUAUGUGGACGGAGGCCCUGGAUACUCGUAUCCUGUUGAUUGGUGGUCCCUGGGAGUCACCGCCUACGAGCUCCUGCGGGGCUGGAGGCCGUACGAAAUCCACUCGGCCACGCCCAUCGAUGAGAUCCUCAGCAUGUUCAAGGUGGAACGUGUCCACUACUCAUCCACGUGGUGCAAGGGCAUGGUAGCCCUCCUGAAGAAGCUCCUGACCAAGGACCCUGAGAGCCGGCUGUCCAGCCUUGGUGACAUGCAGAGCUCACCCUAUCUGGCCGACAUGAACUGGGAUGCGGUGUUGGAGAAGGCGCUGACGCCCGGCUUUGUGCCCAACAAGGGGAGACUGAACUGUGAUCCCACGUUCGAACUCGAGGAGAUGAUCCUAGAGUCCAAGCCCCUUCACAAAAAGAAGAAGAGGUUGGCCAAGAACAGAUCCAGAGACGGCACGAAGGACAACUGUUCCCUGAAUGGCCACCUGCAGCAGUGCCUGGAGACUGUGCGGAAGGAGUUCACCGUUUUCAACAGAGAUAAGCUACGGAGGCAACAAGACCAGAGCAGUCAGCUGUCAGACACGGAUGACCAAACAAGUCAGGACAAGGUCCAGGAUGGGUGCAACAACAACCUCCUCAGCCAUGCCUGCUCCCGAGGCUGCAGCAGCUAA